AUGGGAGAUUCCGACAGCAGGGGCAGGGCAGACCCCAUGCUGUCACUCACGGUACUGCAACAACAACUUCCGUUUCUCGUUGACACUGGGGCCACAUACUCCACCAUACAAGCAGCGGGCUCGUCUGCUAUGUCCAAAGACAGUGUCAGCGUUAUGGGAUUCUCCGGGGUGUCACAGAAACUGCCUAUAACAGUCCCCCUACCGGUGAAAGUGGGAAAUCAGACAUUGACUCACUCUUUUGUUGUCUCACCUCAAGUUCCAGUGAAUCUUAUGGGAAGGGAUCUUCUCAUCAAGACAGGGGCUUCAAUCUUGUGCGGCCCGGACGGACUGAGUGUCACAUUGCUGGAUGGAACUGUGUUGCAUUGCAAUGACAAUGGACAGACUAAUGGCCAGUGGGUGAUGCAGCCACUGCAACAACAACAGUGCGCAGACAUUUACUGGGGCCUCCUAAAGCCUGAGUGUCCUGACAUCCCAGGGGUGAUGGCUCUUUACCAAAAGUGGAAGCCUUGGAUAACUCUUCUUGAUCCGUAUGUUUCUCCUCCUGACCCGCCUCAUGUAACAUUGUUCUAUGAUAGACAAGGGGAUGAUUGCUACUGGGAUGAAUUUAUGGGGCACUUAGAGAGCACUGAGUGGGAGGUGACGUCCCAAAACCUCUAUGUGGGCCCAGAAGGGGUAGCCGCAGCUGUUGUCCUCUCUCCUGAUCAAUUGAAAUGGUAUUUAAUGAGCCAAGAGGCGGUGCCACAUGUAUCGCUGGCUCUGCAUCCCAAACAUCAGGCUAAAGACUUGGGUCCAAUGACUAAACGAGCAGUGCUGCUAGAUGACUGGGUGUGCACUCAACUGCCUGAUGUUUGUUUUUCUCCUUCCGCUAAGAUGUACAGAAUUUCAGGGAAAGCGACUAACACUGUCAUUUUAACGCACGAACAGGUGUCCAGAGACCACGGAAGGGAGAAGACCGACCAUCCCCACACAGCUAUCCUUCUUGAGAAACUUCCAGACUACCUCUGGUCCGAAGGCCCGACGGACAUUUUGCGGUCCAGGUGCAAGACAGAACCGGAGGGCAGAACACCCCUGAUCCCCACACAACAGCCUGGGUCCCCCCGAGGGUCAUUAAGAGGAAGUGGUCGGAGCCACGGUGGACAGGACCAUACCAGGUGGAGGAGAGAACCUCACACGCUGUGAGGCUGAGAGGGAAAGGGGACACCUGGUACCACUGGAGCCAGUGCGCCCCCGCGGACGAACCGGGUCGCACUCUUCAGGACAUCCUGACAACGCAGCAGAAAGAGACGGAACUGGGCACUGGAUAGUGCCCGGACGUGCUCUCGGCGGGCAGUGACCGACAGACACCCAGUGCAUGGUGUUCUGUGUUGACUGUCUACAACGAAAGAAGAAGACCAGCGACGAAGAAAUGCACAAUGCUAUCCUCUCCUCUCCUCUGUUCUAUCUUUCUCAAUUCUCCGCAGUUAGUUUAGUUGAAAUAGAGAAUGUUGAGCACGCUUAAUAUUUCCAUAAUUGCUAUGGGGGGGGUAACGGUUGUUAUUGCAUUAGCUCUUAUAUACUUAGCUGUCACAGGUUCCACCUUGUUUGUUUGAGUGUUAUUACAGUGUUGAUACUAUAUAGCUUGGGUUGUUUUGGGGUAUAUCUUUCUGUGAGUUGUUUGUGAAAUCUGGUGGAAAGGGAGCGAGCCACAGUAAGCGACAGAACCAACACUUGGGGGUCCCUUCUCAAAGUCAGACACGAAAAGACAGGGCGUGGCGUAAGGUAAGAGGUUUAAAGGUCCGGGGGGAGGCCCUCCUCCAUCAGUAUUGAAGGGCGGAGAGGACUUAGAGGAGGAGGUCGACCCGGCAGACUUACUCCAUUAGUUAGGGUGAUCUCUGUAAGAGAUCAAAAGGGGGAAAUUGUGGGAUGUGGGGUUCUCUGUGUGUGUCUUCUUGUAUUUACUUUUUAGCUUGUAGAAUAGAUGUCCGCUUGUAGGACAGAUGGCGUGACCGGAUCGGUCCUUAUAAGGCAGACAAUGUGAAUGGUGGAAAAGAGAGCACAGGAAAAAUGAAGAUAAAAUUGUAUCUGAGAUAACACACCUGCGACCGAAGGGAGAGCCAGUUUGAACCCAUUUUCAGGGCAAGGCCGAAGGCUGCAGGAGAGAGUACCAGACACUCAUUGUUCGGGGAAGGCGUUUGUUACAGAAGGAUGAACUGAGUUGAACCAACGUUCAAGGGCACCAGAGGGAUUAAAACAGGUCAGUGUCAGAAGGCAGGCGGACUUUGGAAGGGAUUUGCUUGCGAUACGUAUUUCAUUGUCUCCAGAUAUAUCUGCGG